AACCAAAAUGCGCAUGCGGGGGAGGGUGCAUACAAAAUGAGUUCAUACGGUUCAUACCGUAUCGAAAAAGUGAGUAUCGGAAGUGCUAUUAUUAACUAGGCAGCAAUAAUGGUUAUUAGAAAAGAAUUUCGUGUCCAUCUACCUUUAUCAGUACCAGAGUACCAAGUUGCUCAAUUAUGGUCAGUAGCAAAGGCAAGCAAAGAGAACACUGGUGGUGGAGAAGGAAUAGAAGUUAUUGUGAAUGAACCAUUCACAAAUGAAAAAUAUGGUUCUGGGCAAUAUACACAUAAAAUUUAUCACUUGCAAAGUAAAGUACCAGCUUUCAUUCGACUUUUAGCCCCUAAGGGGUCUUUAGAAAUGCAUGAAAAAGCGUGGAAUGCGUAUCCAUAUUGCAGGACCGAAAUAUCGAAUUCUUACAUGAAGGAUAAUUUUGCUUUGAUUAUUGAAACCAUGCAUGUAGAAGAUGAUGGACAACAGGAAAACAUUCAUAAAUUGAGUCCAGAAGAGUUAGCAACACGAACAGUAGAACACAUUGAUAUUGCAAUGGAUCCAAUUGAAGAAAGAGAUUAUAAAGUAGAAGAAGAUCCAACAAAAUUUCAUUCUGAAAAAACUGGAAGAGGACCCCUUGGUGAAGGCUGGCAGAAAACAACCAAGCCCUUAAUGUGUGCAUACAAAUUGGUAACAGCAAAUUUCAAAUGGUGGGGACUACAAUCAAGAGUUGAGAACUUCAUAAUGAAGUCUGAGAGACGACUAUUUACUGUUUUCCAUCGCCAGCUGUUUUGUUGGAUAGAUCAAUGGUACGGAUUGACGAUGGAGGAUAUACGAAGAAUUGAAGAUGAAACAAAGAAAGAAUUGGAUAAGCAAAGACAAGAGGGAGAGAUUAGAGGAAUGAUUACCAAAUAGAUGAGGACCAUUCUACCAAUUGGUGAAGCACAGAACAUGUGUAGUACAAUAAAUUCAUCAAUUUGACAUAUAAAGCUGUUGAUUACACACUAAGAAAGUUUGAAACAUAAUUUCAUGUGUACCUAACAUGAAAUCUCAAGCAAUUAAUACUAUGAGAUUUAAAACAAAUCAAGGAACCAGGUGAAAGUUUGAUGGCAUUCCAGUUUGACCCCACCCCUUCCUUAUCCCCUUCUCUUAAAUGUAUAGUAGUUAAUUUCCUAUAUAAGUGUCAAUUUUAGGUUACAUUUUAUCUUUGUAGAUUAAUAUGGUAAAACAUCAUUAAACAUGGAGCAGCGGUUAAGGUCGUGGGCUGUCAAAAUGUGACAUGUAUUUAUAGCAUAAAUACAAGCUUCUGUUCUUCUGUAAACAUCAACAGUGCCCUCAUUGUACAGGUUAAAUUUUCUGUAACUUACAAUAUGCUGUAACCACUGACUGGUUAACAACACUAACAAAACAGCUCUAACAUGCCUAUGCUUCUUACAGAAUUGUAUACAACAACUCACCUUAUUAACAUCUCAUUUAGCUAUUCCAACUUCAAAACCUAUUUUGAUUUUCGUAUGGUGAAAGACUUUAAGGGCCAUUAUAGUUAAAAGUUAUACGGAUAAUUUUCUUUAAUUGGCCAAACAGAUGCUUAAAAUAAAUUAUUUUUCAUAUAUUUUUUUGUGAAAAAUUCAAAUUAUGAGGACACAAAAUUAAACAUAAAAGUGUAUUCCGCUAAUGUUGUGUAAUAUAAAUUAAGAGGUUAAAUUUAAAUUUCAAGAAUAUAUCAAUUCUUUUAUUUAAAAAAAAAAUCAUAUCAGGAAAUCAUGGAUUUUCUGCAAGAUGUUGCUUGUAAUACAGUAUUUGAAAUGAUUAUACUGUAAAUUUACAAAACAUGAGAGUUGUAAAAUUGAUAAUGAAAAAUUGCAAUUUUUAAAACACAAGAGGGCAGUAUGUAAAAAAAAUUAUGAUUUUCAAAACACAUGAGGGCAGUAUUUAAUUAAAUAUGAGGUGAGUGGUCCAAAGUAGCCAAUCAAGAGUAUUAUGUAAUUGUGCUAUAAAAUGGCAUUGGCUAUGGAGAAGUCCAUCACCAUGCCUGGACUGGUAGUUGACGUGUACAUAUCUAAUUUUUUUUAUUAUGCAUCUGAUUUUAAAACAUUUGGACAACAAAAUCUACUGCCCAAAAUAAAACUUAAUAAUACAUUCUGUUGGCCAAUAAAAAGUUAUGGGAAUUCUAUUCAUUGCAGCAGUCAUUUUGCACAAAAUUUACUAUGGUUCGAUAGCUUCAGGCAUGGAGAAUUGUAAUGACAAUAUUUUUAUUGCAACUCAACAGAAGAGGGCAGUAUAAAAAUAAUACAUUUUCAAAGAGAACAGUAUUUACCAGAAGGAACCUCAUUAAUAUUCAUCUCAUUUGCAUUCUCAUUAUACAUUUGAAUAAUUCAGAAAAUAUAUAUUUUCACACUGUGCAUUAGAUACUUGUGUUAUUAAUUUAGAUAUAUAUUUUCCUGCUUGGUAGUAUUUGUUUUAUAUAGAGGCACUUAAAUGGUGGUCAAUUUAAUAUUCAAUUAUAUAGAUUUAGGAUAUCACAGGUAUGAAAUACAAAGAUCUUUUUUUUUUUUUCUGGAUCAAUUAUUUAUGUAAUGGUUGUCGUUAUUUUCCCGACGAUUUUUGUCAAAUCUGAUGUGCUGAUUGGUGGAGUUGGCUUUGACCAUAAACUUAACUUCAGUCUUGCUAUCUAAAUGCACUGUAGCAUGUCAGAAGAAUAACCACUUUGUUAAUUUGAUGAAUCCAUUGAUAUAGCUUGAAUAUAAGCAUCUGUUAUAUUUGUAUUUUCUAUGACUGUUAUCAAACUGAUGCAUUUGAGAGGCUGUGGGCAGAUGAUGAUUUGAUAAGAAUGGUGAAUUAUUGCAUUUUAUGGUUUAAAUCAAUAUCAAUCAAUAUUUUUCUAAAGCUUGAUAAAGGUUAUUCCUAAGCAACAAAUUCUAGUAUUAAUGACAUUAAAUUUACACUACAAUUAAAAAAUGAAAUCAAACUGUUUUUAAUUAAGAAUGUGCUCAUGAGAGAGAGCUUUAUAAAUUAAUGAUCAAUGCAAGUGAACAUAAUGGAGUAGUUUUCAAAUUAUUUUGUUCCAAAAUUCAGUUGCAUAAAUAUGUUAAUGAUUUUUAGAUUAAGUUAUUUUUGUUGACAAUAUGUAAGGGCGUCAGUCUUUCAUUUCAGUGGGUGUGACUAUUUUCUACUCUCUUUAUAUUGGAAAAUAAUACAUAUUCAUAAUAUUGACAAUGCAUAUUCAUAAAAUUCACUGGUCUUAAUGUUAUUCAUGCCUGAAUGACUAGGGUUAGGUUAACACUAGAGUCCUAAUAUCUGGAUCGGGUACUAACCGUUAGCAGCUGUGUGAGAAAGAAUGUUUAGCGCUAAAUGUCUCCAGGACCUGGAUAUGUCAUCAGUUAGUGAGUGCAAGUUGAGCGCAUUUCUAUCAUAAUCAACCAAUCACACGUACACAUUUCCAAUUCCCAGUUUCCUAUUGGCCAAUGAUCUCAUCAUCAUCAUCUUGAUAUCUAGAUGGGGGAUUUUCUUGUAUGAACGCAAGGGGGAGCGCACAUGUUAUUAAUCUGGAUCCUGCUAACCAUUAGCCGGUGUGUGCGAACGUAGCCUAGGACUUUUAGAUUCAAUUUGGAAUAAGCUUUCAUGGAAUUGUUGCCAGCUAUUUUAAUAAUUAUGAAUAUGCAUUAUUUUCAAACUGUUGGAGAAUAGAAAUUAUUUAAGGAUGAAUUUAUGUGGAAGACCUUGCUCAGUGAGCCUUCUGACUUGUAGAUUCAUAAUAGCGAUCUUGAUUUUGUUUUGUUAUAUUCCAUCUGAGGUUUCCUCUGGUUCCCCCCCCCCCCCCAGAAUUACAUUGUUUCCUUCCUGCUAAUGUAUUGAUUUUGGCUAAAGAAAGCUAAUGGUGUAAGUAAUAUAGUUAUUACUUAAUAGCAAUAAGUAAAAUGGUUUUUAUAGGAUGUUUAUUUUCAAUUAUUAUUGCUAAUUAAAUUAUAAUUUAUGCAAUAUGAAAGAUUGCAAUUUUGAAAUUAUGCAGGAAUUGCUCGAGAAUUAUUUCCUCUUAGGCUCCUUUACUACCCAAAUUAUUGAUGAUGUACUUGUAUAGGCUUUACCAAAGUUACUGAAUUGCCAUGUAGCUUGGACAUCAUUGUUUGGACGUACCGUCACGCAUUGUGCAUCGUGCUAGCACAUGCUCCAAUUUAUUUUCAACUUCAUGUUCCGAAAAUGAUUUAUAUGACAAUUUUAAGAACUACUUUACAACUGAAAUACAAAUCUUGCUGAUUUGUUCCACGAAAAUGAAAACGUUUUUGGUCUAAUCAAGGAUCUAAGUACAGUAUUUCAACAAGUAAAAGUCAUAAUUUUCUUGACGUACACGAGGCUUUGGUAUUUAAGAUUGGUACCAAAAUAUGGUACGCCCAAUAUGCCUCCUGGUAGUACAAACUUCUGGUGUGAUUUCUGUUCAACCAUGGAGGAAUUCCUCUAUGGUUCAACUUGCAAGACCUAAUACGGUACGCAAAAUGUGACGCAAAACCAACCUCGGUUGUCUUCCUGUGAACCAUAAUUAGUACUGUUUCUCGUAUGUUAAAAUAAUUAGUUGCUCGAUUGGAAGUCGGAAUAAAUAUUCCCCUCCCUUUGCUUAAUCGUUCCCCUGCACGUACAUCCGUGUCGAACCUGGGUUAUAGACUGAUAGACUGGUGAUGUAAUACAAUUAGAUAAACGACUAUUAUUUCGAUAAACUACGUACACAUCCAAAUUUGUUGGUCCCAUUAUUGGUAUAUAAAUACAGUAUAUAUUAAAUAAAUGUCUUUAAACAGAUAUUA